CAAAGGUGGGAGAGAGGGGAAAUGCCAGAUGGCUAGUGUACACACACCGCCUCUACAAGCACGCCUUUGAGAAUUGAAAGGAACGACACAUUCAGCCUAAAAAUUCAACACUAGCUCCACUUCUCUUGGUCUAUAAAUUCACAUCGUAGUCUAGAGUCCUAGACUCUACACUACAUAAUACUGUACUGUAGAUAGAUAAAUACCCCAUUUGUGAUUGUUGAAUUUGAAGAAAGGAAAUAAAGAAAGCAGAAUAGAGGGGGAGUAUUGGUAUUUGGUAGAGGAGGGGCCGAUGGGUGCAACGGGUUCCAAGCUGGAGAAGGCCCUCGGCGACCAAUUUCCCGAAGGCGAACGCUACUUUGGCCUCGAAAACUUCGGCAACACUUGCUACUGCAACAGCGUCUUACAGGCGCUGUACUUUUGUGUACCAUUCCGUGAGCAACUGCUAGAGUAUUAUGCAAAUAAUAAAAGCCCUGCAGAAGCGGAGGAGAAUCUUUUAACUUGUUUGGCUGAAUUGUUCUCGCAGAUAAGUUCACAGAAGAAGAAAACCGGUGUUAUUGCUCCACGACGCUUUGUGCAAAGAGUCAGGAAGCAAAAUGAACUUUUCCGAGGUUACAUGCAUCAGGAUGCCCAUGAGUUUUUGAACUUCUUGUUAAAUGAACUUGUUGAUAUCUUGGAGAAAGAGUCACAUGCAUCAAAAAGUUUAACGGCAAGUUCUCCUGAAAAAGUCGCAAAUGGAUCAUGUAAUGGUAAGAGCAAUGGUGUUAAGAAGGAGCCACUUGUUACCUGGGUGCACAAAAAUUUUCAGGGUAUAUUAACCAAUGAAACAAGAUGUUUGAGGUGUGAGACAGUCACAGCAAGGGAUGAGACAUUUUUUGAUUUGAGCCUUGAUAUUGAACAGAACAGUUCAAUUACAAGCUGCCUAAAAAAUUUCAGUUCGACAGAGACCCUCAAUGCGGAGGACAAAUUUUUCUGUGACAAGUGCUGUAGCUUGCAAGAAGCACAAAAACGGAUGAAGAUAAAGAAACCGCCACACAUCCUGGUCAUUCAUUUGAAGCGUUUCAAGUAUAUGGAACAACUAGGUCGUUACAAAAAAUUGUCUUACCGUGUAGUGUUUCCUCUGGAGCUGAAACUCAGCAACACCAUUGAAAACACGGACUCUGAGUAUUCUCUAUUUGCUGUUGUUGUUCAUGUUGGGAGUGGGCCAAACCAUGGGCAUUAUGUUAGUCUUGUGAAAAGCCACAACCACUGGUUGUUCUUUGAUGAUGAGAAUGCUGAGAUCAUUGAUGAGUCUGCUGUUCAGACCUUUUUUGGCUCAGCUCAAGAGUACUCGAGCAAUACAGAUCAUGGCUAUAUUCUCUUCUAUGAGAGCCUUGCUGCUAGCAAGAACUGAUAAAGAGUUCUCACAUGUCGAGACCUAACUAUUUUGCCUGUCUCUGCUUAACUUCUGUCAUGUUCAGCUUUCCCAUGGUUUACUGGACUUGCUUAACAAAUGUUUAUGGUUCCGUGUACAACAUACGAGGGUUUUCUAGCAUUUGACUUGUUUUAACAAUAAAGAGAUGUAAAUCCUGGUACAGAAACUUCAAACGAGAUGUUGAUAUUGUAUUAUUAGAUAUCAAACUGCAAGGAGCACCAAUGCACUUUGUUGGCAGAACUCCAAAAGCAGGAAUAAGUGUCUCCUUUGUGUAAUUUCAAUCUGAAAGGAUAGACUGCUGCUUUGUAGCUUUGUUUUGAAGUGGUUGAGAUGAACACUGAUGGACCUUGGUUCUAGUACUAUAUUCUUUUCCUUA